AUGGACGUGGACGUGCGCAGCCCGCUAGCCCGCCCAGGCGGCCAAGACGAGGGGCAGUUCGAACGAGAAUUGUUCUCGAACAACAGCAUCACGUGGAAGGAGAAGUAUGAGGAGACGAAGGAGUUGCUCAGGAGCUACAACUUGUUCUCAGACCACCUGAUAAAUUAUAGUGUGGAUUUCUACUUCAACAAAUUGGGCUUCAACAGGCUGCACUUUGAGGAAACCAGUCCACACCUUAUAAGCAAAGUAGUGGUGUGCAUCAUAACGGCCAAGAUAAACGAGCAGUAUUCGAGCGAUAAGUAUUUCCCAACAUUUGAAGAAAAACACGACAACGUGAUAUUCAUAAUAACGAGGGUCUUCGCAAAUGACUACAAAACCAGGUUAAAUUACAAAAUGGAGAAGAAAAUAGAAGAAAAAUAUUUCCACUUUAGUGAUAUGUCCAAGGAUUGUUAUCGAAUGAAAAGCUUCCGAUCGGUUCACUCCGUAUUUGAUAAAGAGCAUACGUACGAAGAACCCUUACGCACGUACAUUUUAGAACUCCCAACUUAUAGUGAUGAUAUUAUUAGUGAAAAUGAGACUGACCUUGAGAAACUUAUGGAUGUUAAUUUUUACAGUUACAUUAAGGGUACCAAGAGGGAGAAAAUUUACCAUGAGCUGAACAAAGCAGUUCUAUACGACUUGACGGGACAAUUCAUACAGACGUAUUACUACACGACGUCGAUGAACACCUUCUCAUUAACCAUUGCUGUGAAGAGGAGUAAUGUUAUAUCUUCCAUUUUUUCCCUCAUCGGUGACUGCUUAAAUAUGCACAGAUGCUUCUCCUACUCCAAGUAUGUGGAGCCACUGAAAAACGGAGUCCUCCUAAUUAUACUGAAUGUCAAUGUAAUUACCAAUUCGGAGGAGAAUAAGAAAGGAGUGGAAGAUGCCCAGAAAAUGCUGCAAAUCCUGGAGGGAAAAAUUCACAAGAUUGUAAAGUCGCUAAAGACCUUGUGCCUUUUUAACGACUCUAAGUUUAUACAGCUGUCCGUUAAGCGUAUAUUCACUGCAGAAGAAUCGGCAUACAUUUUCUUAAUCAUUAAGUUCAUCACGUUCUUCUCGACUAACUCUUUCUCCAGUUACAAAAAUGUCGAGCAUGCACUACAUCUAAGAAACAACACCGACAGCAGCAGUAGUAGUAGUGCCAUUAUGAACGAUUUCUACAUCAUUAAGGAGAAACUAAAGAGCUCCAAGUACACCAAGGAGGAGAUCCUGAGUUGUGCCCUUAGCAAUGUUAAGACCAUUAAACUUUUGUUUGCCAAUUUUGAGAGGAAGAUGAAUCCGCAGGGGGGGGAAGUGGAGCCUGCCACCCCAUCGUCAAGCAAUUCUUCAUACUACCCCGCAGACGACGCCUCUCCGUACAAGUCGAGUAAAGACAUUAUCGACGAAAUAGAAGACAAUCAACAUAAGAAGAUUCUGCAGUAUUUCCACCUUUUCGAGAAACAUGCAAUAAAAACGAACUUUUUCCGCAUGCACAAAAUCAGCUUCGCAGUAUCCUUUGACGGUGCACUUCUCAAAGAUUCUAUAUACGACGCUGAGCCCUACUCCGUCAUCAUGAUAUGUGGUCUUCACUUUGUUGGCUUCCACAUCAGGUUCACAAGGAUCUCUAGAGGAGGUAUCAGAAUAGUUAUAUCGAACAACAUGAACUCCUACAUGCACAAUUAUAACAACCUCUUCGACGAAGCAUAUAACCUCGCCUACACACAAAACUUCAAAAACAAGGAUAUACCAGAAGGAGGAAGUAAAGGAAUCCUCCUCCUAGAUCCAGAUGUGUGUAAUGUUGCCAAUACAAAGUAUAUUAAAAAUUUGUGCUUUUACUCGUAUGUGAAUUCCAUUUUGGAUCUGUUGACUGAUGGAACAGGGGAUGACAAUUAUGGUUUUGGAAGAAGGGAUGGAGACUUGUUUGGCGGUAUUUCGCUUAACUCCAGCAUGGAUAGGAACUACAACAACACUUCCACCUUGGGGGAUGUCACCACAGAUAUGUUGACUCCAAGACAGAAUUUUUCCUACGCCAACGGCACGGCUGAACAGGCGGUCCACAAGAUCAUGUGCGGAAAAAAUAGCGACAGCAUCCCAGUACACAAUCGCGCAGAAGUAGAGGAAGAAAAAUACCUGUGUGCCAACCUCCAGAAUGAGGAAGAUCUUAUCUUCCUUGGCCCAGAUGAAAACACGGGUUCCGAUCAGCUCAUGGACUGGGCUUGUAUAAUCGCAAAAAAGAGGGGCUACAAAUUCUGGAAGACCUUUUCUACAGGAAAGCUGAGAAAAAAUGGAGGAGUUCCUCAUGACCAUUAUGGAAUGACAACCCUUGGCAUAGAAACGUAUAUAAGAAAGUUAUGUGAAAAAUUGAAUCUGAAGGAAGAAACUAUAAGGAGAUCUAUCGUUGGGGGCCCUGAUGGCGAUCUCGGAAGCAAUGCCAUUUUACAAUCGAAGACGAAAAUAACCUCCAUCAUUGACGGUUCGGGAGUUUUGUACGACAAAAAUGGCUUGGAUAAGGAGGAACUCAUUCGGCUAGCUAAAAGAAGGAACACUCCAGGAAAAAAGCUAGGCACGUCCUGUAUCCUGUACAAUGAGAAAUAUCUUUCUAAAGAUGGGUUCAAAAUAUCUAUUGAAGAUCACAAUGUAGAUGUGCUAGGAAAAGUUAUUAAGAGUGGCCUAGAAUACAGAAACAGCUUUUUCCUGAACCCACUAAAUGCUUGCGACUUGUUCAAUCCCUGUGGAGGUAGACCCCACUCGAUCAACGUGUUUAACGUUAACAGUAUUAUUAUUAACGAACGGUGCAUUUACAAGUACAUUGUCGAAGGGGCAAAUGUAUUUAUCUCCGACGACGCGAGGAAAAUAUUGGAAGCGAAAAAUGUAAUUCUCUUCAAAGAUGCAUCUACCAACAAGGGAGGUGUCAUAUCGAGUAGUUUGGAGGUUCUAGCCGGACUGGUUCUCUCCGAUCAGCAAUUCAUCGAAAUGAUGUGCUCUCCCGAUAGUGAUAUCCUCCUUGUGGAUGAAAAUGAACUUACCUUCAUGAACCUGAAUCAAAAGAAUAACCAUUCCCUGUCCUUCACGAGCUCCAUGUUGAUGGGAAGGAAUGCACAACAUGAGAAGAAGGAGAUAGAAACAGAAGGAGAGAAGGAAAUCCUCUCCAACAACAAUCUGGACGAUAGCGUGUCCCCUUUUUACAAGGAGUACGUCAAGGAAAUCCAGAAAAAGAUCGUACACUACUGCGAGUUGGAAUUUGAAUCCCUCUGGAGCGAGACUAGACGAACCAAAACCUCCAUUUCCCAAGCGACAAACGUUCUUUCGAACAAAAUCAGCGAACUGAAAAAGGAUAUCCUCUCUUCCGAUACACUUUGCACGGAUCGGAAGCUAAUGCAGAAAGUGUUGAAGGAUGUCAUUCCAAACAUUCUACUUGAGAAGGUAACCUUUGAUCAGAUUUUCGACAGGGUUCCCUACAUCUACCUACGUUCCCUUUUUGCAGCUGCACUCGCCUCCAACUACUACUACUCUCAGCAGUUCCUCAGCGAUCUCUCUGUUUUUAACUUCUUCGAAUAUAUUCGCCGUCUACAGAGUGAUGCGUAG